AGCCAGCUUCCGGCUCGCGCGAAAACGGUGUGGCUUUCGCACGUGUGGCGCUGCUGGGCUGCUCGUGGAUUUUCCGGGACUCUCUUAAAGCCUAAGGAUGAAGGCGAGAAGAAAUAAAAAACAGGUCCCAAGCUUUCGCAAGUUGAUAAAAACUAGUAAAGUUAAACUUGAAAACAAGCUAAAAAAUAAGCAGUUUAAACAACAAAGCACGCUCAAGAAGUACCGCAAAGAACAGAGGAAGCUAAGGCAAGCUGUAAAAGAUGCUGUGUCUAAGAAACCUGUCCCAUUGGAGGACCCAAAGAAGAAACGAACAGCUAAAAGGAUUGAGAUGGAAGAGGAGGAAGAAGAGGAAGCCCUUCCCUUAGAUAUGAUGGAUGAAGAUGAUUUACAGUUAAUGAAAGAUUUAGGACAAAAAGCAUCUUUUCUAACAAGAGAUCUUUCCUCUAGCGAGCCUAUUCAUGCCAAGAAACGAAAGCAUGAGCACAUUAUAGAUAAAUAUGAAAAAAUACCAAGAACUUUGCAAACUGCACCAGAGAAGGAACUGAUUCAUUUGCUUCCUAUCAAAGAUAAAAGUGGUAUAAUUCCACAGACCAGGGAGAAGCCAGUUAUUGACAGUAAUAAAGAUGAAGAGGACCAAGAAGAGAUGGAUAUUGAGGAAGAGGUCAUUGAAAAUCCUGUUCGAGAGCUGACUAUAGAAGAACAUUUGGUUGAAAGAAAGAAGAAACUACAGGAGAAGAAAAUGCACAUUGCGGCUUUGGCCUCUGCCAUUGUAUCAGAUCCAGAAAGUAACAUUAAGAAACUUAAAGAAUUACGUUCCAUGCUGAUGGAACAGGAUCCUGAUGUGGCUGUUACUGUUCGAAAGCUGGUGAUAGUUUCUCUGAUGGAGUUAUUUAAAGACAUUACUCCUUCCUAUAAAAUCCGGCCCCUAACAGAAGCAGAAAAAUCUUCCAAGAUCCGCAAAGAAACCCAGAAGUUAAGAGAAUUUGAAGAAGGCCUGGUUAGCCAGUACAAAUUUUAUUUGGAAAAUCUGGAGCAAAUUAUUAAAGAUUGGAAGCAAAGGAAGCUGAAGAAAAGUAAUGUAAUUUCCUUAAAGGCAUACAAAGGACUAGCAGAAGUGGCUGUGAAGAGCCUAUGUGAGCUGUUGGUGGCACUUCCUCAUUUUAAUUUUCACAACAACAUCAUUGUAUUGAUUGUCCCUCUCAUGAAUGAUGUGUCAAAAUCGGUAUCUGAAAUGUGUUGUGAGGCAGUAAAGAAACUCUUCAAACAAGAUAAAUUAGGCCAAGCUUCUCUUGGUGUAAUUAAAGUGAUUUCUGGUUUUGUGAAGGGCCGAAAUUAUGAAGUUAGGCCAGAGAUGUUAAAAACAUUUUUGUGCCUAAGAAUCAAGGAAGUAGAAGUGAAGAAAGAUACUGAGGACAUUAAUAAACCAAAAAAGUUCAUGACUUUCAAGGAAAAGAGAAAAACUCUAUCACGAAUGCAGAGAAAGUGGAAGAAAGCAGAAGAGAAACUAGAGCGGGAGCUUCUGGAGGCGGAAGCUUCAGAGAGUACUGAAAAGAAACUUAAACUGCACACAGAAACUCUGAAUAUUGUGUUUGUAACCUACUUCAGAAUAUUGAAGAAGGCACAGAGGUCACCUCUCCUGCCAGCAGUUCUAGAAGGUCUUGCCAAGUUUGCUCACCUUAUAAAUGUCGAGUUUUUUGACGAUUUAUUAGUAGUUCUUCAUACUCUCAUUGAGUCUGGUGAGCUGAGCUAUCAAGAAAGUCUGCACUGUGUCCAGACUGCUUUUCAUAUUCUUUCUGGGCAAGGUGAUGUUCUGAAUAUUGAUCCAAUGAAGUUCUAUACACAUCUCUACAAAACACUGUUCAAGUUACAUGCAGGUGCUACCAAUGAAGGUGUAGAGAUUGUACUCCAGUGCCUUGACAUCAUGCUAACCAAGCGCAGAAAGCAAGUUUCUCAACAGCGAGCCCUGGCUUUCAUCAAGCGCCUUUGUACCCUUGCUCUUCAUGUUCUUCCAAAUUCAAGCAUUGGCAUUUUAGCUACUACCAGAAUAUUAAUGCAUACUUUUCCCAAAACAGAUCUGUUGCUUGACAAUGAAUCUCAAGGAAGUGGAGUUUUCCUCCCUGAGCUGGAUGAACCUGAACACUGUAAUGCUCAGAACACUGCUCUCUGGGAAUUGCAUGCACUGCGGAGACAUUACCAUCCCAUAGUGCAGAAAUUUGCAGCACACCUGAUUGCCGGAGCACCUGUUGAAGGCUCUGAAGCACUUAGGCCUGAGCUGAGCCGAAGAUCUGCUGCUGAACUUUUUGAGACUUACAGCAUGGCAACAAUGACAUUCAAUCCUCCUGUUGAAUCUUCACACUCCAAAAAGAAGGAUAAAAUUGUACAAGGGGAUUCACUUUUAAAUGAAGAUUUAAAUCAGCUAGUCAAAAGACAUUGCAAUGAAGCUGCUAUUCAGUCACCCCUGGAUUUCACCAAAUAUUUGAAAACAUCGUUACGGUAGUAGAAAGAUUGAAGAAUCAGUAGACUUUGUUAUAUAUUUGUGUGUGUGUAUGUGCAGAUACACAUCAAUAUGUUGUCUACUCAGGACCUUUGUAUACAAGGAAAACUUCCUAAGAGUGAUUAGGAAGAGGACACAUUACCCUUUGCAUGGCAUAUGGCUUCACUCUAUAUUCUGAAAAUGCUACUCAUUAAGAGAAUCAAGCCUUUUUUUCCUGCAGGUAUUUGGAAAUUUCUUUCUUCAUGAUGCUGCUUUUUGAAAAAUUAAUGUACAUAUUAUAGUUAAAAAAAAAACCACUCUGGAUUGAUUCAUACUGAACUGUAGUUGCUAUAUAGAAGAGAAAAAUCAAGACCGUGAAAAGGUUUUUAUUUUACCUAGUUAAGCUGCUCUUUAUAAGCAGAUACUCUUUAAAACUAAAUAUUUUAUUGCAAUACCAUAGAUGCAAAUGAGAAACAUUCUAAAUUUGAGUGAAAAUAUAUUUAUGAAAAUUUUUGAGAAAAAAAGCUGGAAAUUAGUCCCAGGUUCAUUAUUUUUUUUUUUUUAAAGAUGUAUUUACUUGCUUGAGAGGCAGAGUUACAGGAGGAGAGACAGUGAGGUCUUCCAUCCUCUGGUUCACUUCCCCAAUGGCCUCGAUAGCCAGAGGUGGGCCUAUCUGAAGCUAGAAACCAGAGCUGCUUCUGGGAGUCUCACGUGGGUGUAGGGGCCCAAGCACUUGGGCCAUCUUUCACUGCUUUCCUAGGCUAUUAAGAGAGUUGGAUGGGAAGUGGAGCAGCUGGGAAACGAACCAGUGCCCAUAUGGGAUGCCUGUGCUGCAGGUGGAAUCUUAACCUACUAUGCCACAGCGCUAGUCCCUGCUCCCCAUUAGUUCUUUAUAAAUGAUAUACUUCAGCAGGUAGCCACAUUUGGUCUUCAUUGUAGCUGCUUUCAAAGAAUGUUUAAUACAAUUGUAGUCUCUGAAGUUUUUUGCAUUUGACAUGUCCUGGAAGGUAACUGGGGGAAGAAUUGCUCCAGGGUAGUAAAAGCAAGUCUAAGACUUUACUAUUCUGUAUAGAUGGUGGUGGUGGGGCUUCAUUUAGUUUUUCCUUUUUAUAUGUAAAAUGCCUUUUAUAGCAGUUUUCCAAGUAUUUUAGGACUAUCCGGUGAAAUGCAUGUUUCAGUGACUAAGUUGUAUUUUCUACUGUUGAUAGUUGAAUCAAAACAUCUGUUUGAUUCUUGUGAGAAUUUGAAACAUUGUACAGGAAUCAUAUAGUAAUAUGGCCUGAAAUUUUGGUCUGAAGCAUAGAGCUCUUUUUUCUCAUGAAGUAAAUGAAAGAAUUCCUUUACUAUUCCAAUAGAGUGGUAGGAUAUCAGCUUAACAGUUGAUGUCAAUCUUUCAAUAUAGUCUUGGGUGAAUUAUUGUUUAUUUUGGAAAGGCAGAGAGACAAAAACAGAGAAAGGUACCUUUGAUUAGCUCACUCCCGAGAUGCCCACAACAGCCAUACUGGGCCAGAUUGGAGCUAGAAACACAAGCUGCUUCUCUCGUGUGGAUGGCAGGGACCCAAGUUCUUGAACCAACACUUAUUGCUUCCUAAGGUGCACAUUAGCAGGAAGUUGGAAUCAGAAGUGGAAGGGCCAGUGCUGUGGCGUAGCGGUGCCAACAGUAGUGCCUACAGUGCCAACAUCCCAUAUGGGCGCCAGUUCGAGUCCCAGCUGUUCCACUUCCAAUCCAGCUCUCUGCUAUGGCCUGGGAAAGCAAUAGAAGAUGGUCCAAAUCCUUGGGCCCUUGCACCCGUGGAAGAAGCUCCUGGCUCCGGAUUGACGCAGCUCCAGCAGUUGUGGCCAGUUGGGGAGUGAACCAGUGGAUGGAAGACCUCUCUCUCCCUCUCUCUCUCUCCUGUGUAAUUCUGACUUUCAAAUAAAAAGUAAACCUUUAAAAAAAAAAUCGGAAGUGGAGCUGGGGACCAGUGCUGUGACAUAGCAGGUUAAGCCACAAUCUGCAGCCUGGUCAUCCCCUUUGGGCACUGGUUCAAGUCCUGGCCACUCCACUUCUGAUCCAGCUCUCUGCUGUGGCCUGGGAUAGCAUUAGAAGAUGGCCCAGAUGCUUGGACCCCUGCGCACAUGUGGGAGACCCAAAUGGAGCUCCUGGCUCAGCAUGGCCCAGCCAUGGUCUUUGUGACCAUUUGGGGAGUGAACCAAUGGGUGGAAGAUCUCUCCUCUCUUUUUCUCUCCCUCUCUUACUGUAACUCUGACUUUCAAAUAAAUUUUUAAAAAAGAUAAAGUUGAGGCCAGCGCCGUGGCUCACUUGGCUAAUCCUCCACCUGCGGCGCUGGCACCCUGGGUUCUAGUCCUGGUUGGGGCGCCGGGUACUAGUCCCGGUUGCUCCUCUUCCAGUCCAGCUCUCUGCUAUGGCCCGGGAGGGCAGUGGAGGAUGGCCUAAGUGCUUGGGCCCCUGCACCCACAUGGGAGACCAGGAGGAAGUACCCGGCUCCUGGCUUCGGAUUGGCGCAGCGCCAGCCGUGGCAGCCAUUAGGGGAGUGAACCAACGGAAGGAAGACCUUUCUCUCUGUCUCUCACACUAACUCUGCCUAUCAAAAAAAUAAAAAGAAAAUAAAGUUGAGCUGGGACUCAAACUUGGAUAUUUCAACAUGGAAUGUAGGCUUUCCAGGUGGCAUUUUAAUCACUGCACCAAACACCCACCCCUGUUAUUUUUCUAGAAGUAUUGUGUGAGGUCAAACUUUAUUUUUAAAUAUUUAUUUAUUUGAGAAAGUUGGAGACAGAGAGAAAUCUUACAUCUGGUGAUUCAUUCCCCAAAUAGCCGCAACGACCUGGCCCAGGCCAAAGCCAGAGCUUCUUCCAUGUCUCCCACAUGGAUGCUGGGGCCCAAGCACUUGGGCCAUCCUCCACUGCCUUUCCAGGCCAUUAGCAGGGAGCUGGAUUGGAAGGGGAGCAGCUGGAACUCAAACCGGCACCCAUAUGGGAUGCUUACACUGCAAGCCACAGCUUUAACCUGCUGAGCCACAGCGCUGCCCCCUGGGGUCAGACUUUUUAGGCUUGAUUGCUUCAUGAUGAGAAAGGUAUGAUUCAGCAUGUAAAUAUUGGCUUACAUAUAACCCAUCUUUUAGAUAGAAAACAAAACCUAGGAGUGUUACUAAUUUGUGGGUAACCAAAGGUCUGUCCCCAUAAGAGCACAAGUUACCAGACCAUGUCACAAAUCAUUUAUUUUCCAAACAUAUACAAAUACAUUUAUACUUCAGCAACAGAAACUGUAGUUUAGAUGAAAAUUCAUUUGUAAAAUAGAAAUUCAUCAGCUAUUUUAUGCUUAUAUUAUGUUUCUAAUUUCUUGUUACAUGUAUAUUUGCAGAGGGACCAUAAAAUUAUACAUCUAAUAUUUGAAUGUCCUGUAUGAAUUUGAUGAUGAAAUAUACUUGAGCAUUAACUUUAUAUGACCUUA